GAAUAUGGCGUUCAGCGGCGUAUGAUGACAAGAUUCUAUAUUUUGUGUUUAUCAAUAUUAGCUGCUUUCCGGAGAAUUUGUUUGAAUGUCACGGAGUUGAAAUGAGUGAUGUUGUUGAAAGGACACUAACUGCCCUUCCGAAUCUCCUGUCGCUGGAUUCGCAGCCCGGGACAGGGAAACUUCCUGUCACUUCACAAUUAGGAAAUCUUAUCCGGAAUAUUACAGAACUGACAUCUAGACAUGAUGAAGAAAAACUAAUAAAGAAGGAACUAGCUGCAAUUAAAGAACAUGUUUCUUCUCCUAACACGACAUUGAGACAGAUGAAAGAAGUUAUGGUGAGAAUGAUCUAUUGUGAAAUGUUGGGAUAUGAAGCUUCCUUUGGCUAUAUACACGCCAUUAAACUUGCUCAGCAGGGGAGUCUCUUGGAAAAAAGAGUUGGCUAUCUGGCUGUUUCUUUGUUUUUAAAUGAAAGUCAUGAGCUACUACUUCUCCUUGUGAACACAGUAUUAAAGGAUUUGCAAAGUACCAACCUUAUUUAUGUUUGCAUGGCAUUAACUGUUGCCAGUCAGAUUUUUCCAAAAGACAUGAUCCCAGCAGUUCUCCCACUAGUAGAGGACAAGCUCCAGCAUUCAAAAGAAAUAAUCAGAAGGAAGGCAGUUCUUGCACUGUACAAGUUUUACCUGAUUGCUCCUAAUCAGGUCCAGCACAUACAUGACAAGUUUCGAAAAGCACUGUGCGAUAAGGACCCUGAUGUCAUGGCUGCUUCGUUGCACAUUUACGGACAAAUGAUCCAGGAAAACCCAGAAGGCUAUAAAGAUUUGACAGAAAGCUUUGUAACUAUUCUAAAACAAGUUGUAGGAGGAAAACUCCCUGUGGACUUCAAUUACCACAGUGUACCAGCACCAUGGUUACAGAUUCAACUGCUUAGAAUUCUGGCAUUACUAGGGAAAGACGAUCAAAGUACAAGUGAACUCAUGUCUGAUGUUUUGGUUGAAUCUAUAAGAAGAGCAGAAAUUAGUCACAACAUGACGUAUGCUAUAUUAUUUGAGUGUGUGAAGACUGUCUAUACAAUUUACCCCAAAUCAGAUUUACUGGAGAAAGCGGCAAAAUGUAUUGGGAAGUUUAUUUUGUCACCCAAAAUUAACCUUAAGUACCUAGGAUUAAAAGCACUGACCUAUGUAAUCCAGCAGGAUCCUAACCUAGCUCUUCAGCAUCAAAUGACAAUUAUUGAGUGCUUGGAUCAUUCUGACCCAAUUAUCAAGCGAGAGACACUGGAGCUGCUGUAUCGAAUAACCAAUGGCCAGAAUGUGACGGUCAUUGUGGAAAAGAUGCUUGAUUUUCUAAGGCAAAGUAAAGACGAAUACACAACUAUUGACCUGGCUGGAAAAGUUGCAGAGCUAGCUGAGAAGUAUGCCCCAGACAACGAGUGGUUCAUCCAGACCAUGAACACUGUGCUUUCAGUGGGAGGUGACGUGAUGCAACCCGAUAUCCCCAACAACUUCCUGAGGCUACUUGCGGAAGGUUUUGAAAAUGAAGCUGAAGACCAUCAAUUAAGGCUGCAUGCCGUGAACUCCUAUCUUUCACUUCUACAGAAAGACAAUGUUCAUUUUCCCCAGCGUUUUCUACAGGUUAUAAGCUGGGUUCUAGGAGAGUAUUUUUUUCUUAAAGCAGACACCAAGCCAGAAGUGGUGCUUGAUAAACUAGGAAGAUUGCUUGAUCAAAGCUCUGUCACUUCUGAAACUAAAGGCUGGAUCAUGGCUGCAAUCACAAAGAUUUCGUCUCAUACAGUGUGUCCAAACACAGUGGCUGAAAUAGCACAGAAAUACAGCACAUGUCUGGAUACAGUUCUGAGACAACAUGCCUUUGAGCUGAAGCAUCUGAAUGAGGACCGAGAUCUCAUCAGAAGAGUUUUACCACUGGAUGCUAGUUGUGAAGAUAUAGAGGUGGACACUUCACUGUCUUUUCUGGAUGGAUUUGUGGCUGAUGCUUUGGGUCGCGGUGCUGCUCCUUAUAAACCUCACCAUCAAAGACAAGAGGACCUCUCACAGGAGAAAGCCCUGCAUUUUGAGCCCUAUGGACUGUCCUUACCUGUCAGCCUGUCAUCUUGCAUCAUCACUAGGAGACAGUCUCCUACAGGCCUCUCGCUAAGCUCUGGACUGUCGGGGAACAACACAGAAAUGGGGCCAAAAGAAGGAUCAAACAGCCUUAAGCUUGAAGGUGUGAGGAAUGUGUGGGGUACAGAGGGCUACCUGCCUCAGAAGGAAACCACAGCGGAAGGCACCUUGCAGGUCUUAUCCAGUCAUGAGGGACCCAGCACCCAAGAGAGUGCUGUGGAGAAUGCAUCGCUGCAGCCGGACCUGGCAUCUCCAAACAUACCAGAGGAAGACCAGGAAAAGCAGCAGCUGGCAUCAUCACUCUUCGUAGGACUGGGAUCACACAACACCAUCUGCCUGAUGGGAAAGUCUGAAAACACUUCACAAAGGUUCAGAAGGAAAACAAACAAAAUACAAGAAUCUUCAAAUGCCAGUGAGAAAUUCUCAGAUUCCUCUAUUUCUUCCCGGAGUACAGUAGAGAGCCUUAUGGAUAAUAACAUUUUGGAAAACACUAACAGUGAGCAAGAAACAGAACUGAUAACGCUAAAACAGUCAUCAAGCAAAGCUUCUGAAUUUCAGGACUCCACACAACCUGAUGGUUUAUUGUCUGGGGGAGAGCAGGAGAAGCUGGAUAUGCCUUCAGAUCCCUCAGGGCUGGCUCCUUCAUUGUUUACAGGUGGCGACAUGGUAAUCUUACAGCCCUCCUGCGCUGCUGCCAAAAACAAACAACCUCCAGCUACCAGGCCCCCUCCUUCUCUCCCAACAGAACUAUCUCAGCUGGCUUAUUCAGGAGUUCAAGGACUUUGUUCUAAUGAAAGUAUAGCUGUUUCAGCCUGUAAAAUUUACAAAAAUGACUCUGUAGUAUUAGUUGUUUUUAUAACAAAUCAAAGCACCUCAGCCAUUAAAGACAUUAUGGUUAGAUUUGCACCUAAGAAACUGAAGGUUUCUGAAAGCACAAGCCAUGGGUUUCCAUUGCUUGAAGGCCAAAAUACAGCAAACUGUCAGUGCUCUGUCUUGAUGGAGAAGCCCUGUGCAGAAGGAGCACUUGUUGGCAGCGUCGCUUACCAGACAGAAUCUGAGAAAUCAUCAGAACUACAAUUUUCACUCGCCUUUGCAUUGGCAGAUUUUAUCAGGCCCCUGACAAUAUCCACAGAAGAGUAUGGCAAGCUUUGGCUGGCCUUCUCCAACGAUGUGAAGCAGAAUCUCAAGUUAUUGUCAGAUGCAAAGGAUCCUCUUACUGCAACACUGAAUGCUUUGAAGGAAACAUUACAGCUUCAUAUUGUUGACAUUAUAGGCAUGGAAGGUAUAGUAGCAUGUCAGCUGCUUCCAGCCACCCCCUGUCUGCUGCAUUGCCGAAUCAACGCUGGAAUGUUGGCUGUGUGGCUCCGAUCCCCUUCACCUGACCUCCCUGACUGUUUACUGUAUUGCUGCCAAAAGGCCAUACAGGAAUUGUGAUUGAAAUUGAGAAUGUGUCUUUUUGUGUGCAAUAUUUGUUAUGUAUUGUAUUAUAUAUUAGUGUGUGUGUGUGUGUGUGUGUGUGUGUGUGUGUGUGUGUGUGUAAAUCAUAUCUAAGGUGACCAGGGGGGGCAGUUUGGGACAGUUCAGGCUUUUCAACUCACAACCCAGUGCAUUUUGGGACAUUGUACCUGUCUCAGAUACCAUUCUUUCCUUUAAGAGAAGCUGGACUGCGCUUACCCGAAUGCACUCGGUUGAGUUGAAAAGCCUGAACUGUCCCAAACUUUCCCACUGAACACAGAGCCAUAUGGUCACCUUACUCGUAUCUCAUUGUAAUUGUCAAAUAAUAUGGAUAAACCAUUAAAGUGACGUGUGAGGUACAUCUUCAUACCCGAUUUCAAUCUGUUAUGGUUUACUUAUGUACCAUAUGUGAUCUUAAAUAUUAAAAUCGAUUUUUUUCAUCACGCCCCCCCAUAUAUUAAAUUAACCUGACAUUUUAAGUAUUCUGCUGCAGUUUUAAAAUAGAAUUUCAUAUGUUUUCCUUUUUUUUUCUUUUUUUUUUUUUUUUUUUUUAAAGCAUUUUUUUUUGUAAUUUUUUUUUUAAUAUGCAUUCUAUGUCACUCAGGGAAAGCAGUGGGUAGAAUGGGAGUCUAGUUCAUAGUCAGAGAGAAGCAUUGGACUGUGGGGAUACCUAUGUGUCUUGUCUCUGUGUAGUUGGCUCCAGCUCCACUACUGAAGUAGUAAGUGCUCCAUCUAUAGGGUGCAAUGUGACUUGAUUGACGCAAACCCCAGGACACACUUGUACAGUUAGACCCUGUAAUGAGUUGUAUUGACACCAAACCUAAAUCUCAUUGAGCAUAUCUGGGAUGUUUUCAAAAGAAGGGUAAACUGAAGAUCACCCAUGAUGGCAAGUUACUGUAUGUGCCGUGCAGAAACUAUGCACUCAUGAUAUGAUAGUAUGCCGUAGUGUCAGACAGCAGCUACUCUAAAUUAAGCAUAUACUGUCUCAUACCAUACCAAAGAUCACAAUGAGGCAGUACAGCAUGUUGCUUGAGUAGAGAAAACGAUUAAGAAUAAUACACCCUGAUCACCCAUUAUUAGUUCCCAGAACCAUAUAUAUAUAUAUAUAU